CAGCGGGAGGCGGAGCGAGUCCAAAAUGGCGGCUCUCAGGCUGGCGCGCUCCGUGCUGCUGAGGCUUUGAGGUGGUCGCCGGGGGUCGGGGGGGGACGAUUUCCCCGCCGCGGAGGCCCUGGAGGAUGAAUCGGGGGCCCUGCUAAGGCUAGGCGGCGGAGGUGGAGAGAAGUGGCGGCACGGACUGCGGUGGAGUCCACGGAGCGGGAUGUGCGAGAGUUACUCCAGGUCGUUGUUGAGGGUCUCGGUGGCGCAGAUCUGCCAGGCGCUGGGCUGGGACUCGGUGCAACUGAGCGCCUGCCACCUUCUCACGGACGUGCUGCAGCGCUACCUGCAGCAGCUGGGACGGGGCUGCCACCGGUACUCGGAGCUGUAUGGCCGGACAGACCCAAUUUUGGAUGAUGUUGGUGAAGCUUUCCAACUCAUGGGGGUUAGUCUUCACGAACUAGAAGACUACAUCCACAAUAUUGAACCCGUCACUUUCCCACAUCAGAUCCCUUCGUUUCCUGUUAGCAAGAACAACGUUCUUCAGUUUCCUCAACCCGGAAGUAAAGAUGCCGAGGAAAGAAAAGAGUACAUCCCCGAUUACAUGCCACCCAUUGUGUCUUCUCAAGAAGAAGAAGAAGAGGAGCAGGUACCCACAGAUGGAGGCACGUCAGCAGAAGCCAUGCAGGUUCCCUUGGAAGAAGACGACGAGCUGGAGGAUGAGGAGAUUAUUAAUGAUGAGAACUUCUUGGGUAAGAGACCUCUGGACAGUCCGGAAGCUGAAGAAAUGCCUGCGAUGAAGCGGCCACGCCUGCUGAGCACCAAGGGGGACGCCCUGGACGUGGUGGUACUGGAGGCUCGAGAGCCGCUCAGCUCGCUGAACCCCCAGAAGAUCCCUCCCAUGCUGUCCCCCGUCCACACCCAGGACAGCACAGACCCAGCUCCUCCAUCACCAGAGCCGCCAAUGUUAGCUCCAGUGGCAAAAUCACAGAUGCCAACUGCAAAACCAUUGGAAGCAAAGUCGUUUACACCCAAAACAAAGACUAAAACCAGUUCUCCAGGACAGAAGACGAAAUCACCCAAAAUGAUUCCGUCACCAGCCAUGGUCGGAAGUCCCAUUCGGUCUCCAAAAACCAUAUCCAAAGAAAAGAAAUCUCCUGGACGUUCCAAGAGCCCCAAGAGCCCCAAGAGCCCCAAGGUCAUGACUCACAUUCCCCAAGUACCUGUCAGACCUGACACACCCAACAGGACUCCUUCAGCCACAAUAAGUGAGAAAAUCAGUAAAGAGGCUAUUCAGGUGAAACAGAUACAAGCACUGCCUGAUGCUGGGCGACUGAACAAUGAGAGUCAGCUCAGAAAGGCUGUCAUCACUGACAAGACCAUCGACGACUCCAUCGAUGCUGUGAUCGCACGGGCUUGCGCGGAACGUGAGCCCGAUCCUUUUGAGUUCUCUUCUGGGUCCGAAUCAGAAGGAGACAUUUUUACCAGCCCUAAGAGAAUUUCAGGUUCAGAAUCUGCUACCCCCAAAGCCUCCACCUCCUCCAAUAAUUUCCCCAAGUCCGGGUCCACCCCUCUGCCUCUUUCAGGUGGAACUUCAAGUUCGGACAAUUCGUGGACAAUGGACGCAUCCAUCGACGAGGUGGUUCGGAAGGCCAAGAUGGGGACCCCUCCUAGCAUGCCCCCCAGCUUCCCUUACAUUUCCUCCCCUUCGGUCUCUCCUCCCACCCCCGAGCCCUCGCACAAGGUGUACGAGGAGAAACCCAAACCACCCGCCUCCUUGGACGUCAAAAAGAAGUUGAAAAAGGAACUGAAGACGAAGAUGAAGAAGAAAGAGAAGCAGCGAGAUAAGGAGAGGGACCGGGACAAAAGCAAGGAGAAAAGCAAAGAGAAGGAGAAAGGGAAGGAGAAGGAGAAAGACAGGGAGGCCAGCAAGGAAGCCAAGUAUCCCUGGAAGGAUUUUCUCAAAGACGAAGAGGCCGAUCCCUACAAGUUUAAGAUAAAAGAGUUUGAAGAUGUGGAUCCAAAAGCCAGGUUGAAAGAUGGGAUGGUGAGGAAGGAAAAGGAGAAGCACAAAGACAAGAAAAAAGACCGAGAAAAGGGCAAAAAGGACAAAGAGAAGCGGGACAAAGAGAAAGCGAAAGAGAAAGGCCGCGAGGAGAAGCUGAAGGCCACCCCGGCCCCGCUGGUCCUGCCCCCCAAGGACGUGGCGCUGCCCCUGUUCAGCCCCGCCGCCGCCAUGCGCAUCACGGCCGUGCUGCCCUCCCUGACGCCCGUGCUCCCCGAGAAGCUCUUCGAGGAGAAGGAGAAGCCCAAGGAGAAGGAGAGGAAGAAGGACAAAAAGGAGAAGAAGAAAAAGAAGGAGAAAGAAAAGGAGAAGGAGAAGAAGGAGAAGGAGAGGGAGAAGGAGAAGCGCGAGAGAGAGAAGCGGGAGAAGGAGAAGGAGAGACACAAGCACGAGAAAAUCAAAGUGGAGCCCGUGGUCCCAGCCCCAAGCCCGGUUAUCCCCAGACUGACUCUCAGAGUUGGAGCCGGCCAAGACAAGAUCGUCAUCAGCAAAGUGGUCCCAGCCCCCGAGGCUAAGCCGGCGCCUUCUCUGAACAGACCCAAGACACCUCCACCCACCCCGGCCCCCGCCCCGGCCCCCAUGCACGUCACCCCUGCCCCGGUGCCUUUGCCCCUCCUGGCCCCGGCCAGCGCACCCCUCGCUGGGAUGCCCGCCCCGGCCCCUGCUGCUUCGGGAGCCACCAGCUCCAAAGCCCCGGUCCGCAGUGUGGUCACGGAGACGGUCAGCACCUACGUGAUCCGAGACGAGUGGGGAAACCAGAUCUGGAUCUGUCCCGGCUGCAACAAGCCCGACGAUGGGAGCCCCAUGAUCGGCUGUGACGAAUGUGAUGACUGGUACCACUGGCCCUGCGUGGGCAUCAUGGCCGCGCCCCCGGAAGAGAUGCAGUGGUUCUGCCCCAAGUGCUCCAACAGGAAGAAGGAUAAAAAGCACAAGAAGCGGAAGCACCGGGCGCACUGAUGCCUGGAGCGGGGCUGCCCCCGCCCGCCGCCACCGCGUCGCCCGCCCGGACACUGAGCCCGGCCAGACUGAGGACAGAACACACGCCCCCACCCCCGGGGGCUUUGCCAGGGCCCACGGCGAGGGCCACGUGGUCGCCCCUGCAGAAGAACUCUCACGCGGGGGGGCCUCGCCUCCGUUUCCUAUUACCAGUGACAAGUAUUAUUAAUAAAAAGACUAUACUCUCUCCUUUCGAUUUUCCUCAAUUCUCUCCAGGGCCUUUUCCUUAAGGUGUUAGCUGAGAAGAUGGCGUGUGGCCCGCCCUGACCGUGCCCGAGGGUGACGUGGGUCGGCUGUAUGUGUCUCCAGCCUCCUCCCCUCUGUAGUCAGAUAAUCGUAAUCACAUGAAAGAAAACUCGAGGGGGAGUGUCAGUAAAUAUUUUUGUGAUGAAAAAUAUAUGAAGCUUCCCCCACCCCACCCCCUGUUUUUAGUACUAACAUGUAAAAUGUUCAGGCUUUUUGUGAAAUACCUUAUAUUUUUUAAGAAAAAGGUUUCUAUCAUGUCCUGUUGGCUCUCGUGCAAGUUGUUUUUGUUGACUCUCUCACCUGUCCUCUCUCUCUCUCUCUCUCUCUCUCUCUCUCCUCUCUCUCCUCUCUCUCUCUCUCUCUCUCUCGUCCGCAGACUUUGCCCGUUCCUCCAAACUGCUGGUGGUCUUCUCAUGGCUUACCCAUCUCAUCAGCUUGUAUGAAAACUCUGCACACAAGGAGAUCUCCCCUAAUGUAAAUAAUAAAUAUUUAUGAAGUAGUUAUUUUUAAAAAUUUUUUAUCGUGUUUAAUUCUGGCUUUCUGUGAAACGCGCUGCGGUUUCAGCCACGUCUGUAAUUACUGCUGUACAUAAGCAAAGAAGGCUGGAAAAAAAAGAGCCAUACUAAGUUCAGUUACCUACCUUGAGCUGAACCCUCGCAGAACACUGGGGGGAGGACCUGAGCAGUUGGAAGGAAAACAAGGCAAUUUAAAUCUAUGGCUUAUGAUUUGAAACUGUUCUCUCUUCUAUUUCUGUAAAUUUCUUUGACUUCCUUUUGUUUCAAAGGACAUGUAGAUUGCCCAAAAGUAAAAAAAAAGAAAAAAUACUGUAGCAUUUUGUGUUUAUAUUGUUUUAUUUCUGCAAAUCUGUUCAUUGAUAUUGUGGUUUAAGGCUGAAAUGAAGUAUAUUAUGCAAUUUUUUUUUAAAGAAAACUCAUCAAAUUUCAGGGUAUCACAAAACUUUAUUAUAUUACUAUACUGCCCACUAUUUAUUAUAUGUUAAUAGAUGUCUGAGAGAUAAACCAAAUAUUUUAUUUUUAAUGUAAAACAUCAAAUUUAAUUUUAUUAGCAUAUUUUAGCAACUUUGGAAUAAAUAUGGACUUUUACUUGAUUUUGAAAUAAUCCCAAGUUGGGCCAGUGUAAUGGAUAUCUUGAAUGCUAGACUAUGGGCUUUGAACCUAAUACAAAUAUAUUAAUAGAAAUUGUGAUUUUUUUUUUUUUUAAAUGCCAAGUAAAUUGAUAUUAGUGUAUGAAUUAAUCAUAUUGAGGUUUUCUGCCGUGAAUGUUAAAUUGCAGAUCAGUGUCACCCUCUCGAGUGCAGUAUUUCAUUGCCCUCCUUGUUCUAGAAGCCAACAUUUUUCUAUGCCUACAAAGAAAGCAUCUAUGUUGAGAUACGUGGUUUUGUUCUGUUAAUUUCAGAUCAUCCUAAAUACUUUAUACGAUAUUUUCACAUGCACAGAAUCUUCCCCAUUAGUGCUUUUUGGAGAGGGAUGAGGGUGGGGAAGUGCAAAAUAAAGGAUUAUUGGCUAUUUCAUA